AUGAAGAAAAAAUGUGAGCUGUGCAAAAACAUAGCAAGCAUGUACUGCAAUUCGGAUCGAGCUAGCCUGUGCUGGGACUGCGACUCUCAUGUCCACAUGGCGAACUUCCUCGUGGCCAAGCAUAUCAGGACCCUCCUCUGCCGGGCCUGCCAGUCCCCAACCUCAUGGACUGGGUCGGGCCCAAAGCUAGGCCCAACUAUUUCCUUGUGCGACAAAUGCAUACGCUGUGGCAAGGAGAAAACGGAUGAUGAUGAUGAUGAUAAUGAUUAUGAUGAUGACAAUGAUGAUGAUGAAAUUGAUGAUGAUGAUGAUGAUGGUGAGAAUCAAGUGGUGCCUUUGUCACCGCCAUAUUUGGCCUCCACCUCGUCAAAAGAGAGUUCGAGCAGAGGAGACGGGUUUUCGGGUUCGGGUUCGGGUUUCGGGUUUCCGGGCUUGGGUUUCGGAUUUUCCGGAGCUAGAACUGACGGUUGA